UGCAGCGUACAAUUGUAUGGUACCUAUAAGUUCUCUCAUAUUCGACCAGUUUAAGAACAAAAUUAUUCAAUUCCUCUGAGCAUUAGUCUCUGCGUUCUUCUUCCUCUCUCCGUGUUCGUGUUCGUGUCAGCGGUAACAAGGUGAGAAGGCGAAGAUGUCAACCACCGCAACUACAACAUCAGAAGUUAGCAGCAACGAGUGGGAAGUGAUACACAUGAGCGAGCAAGAAGAGGAUCUGAUUCAUAGGAUGUACAAGCUGGUCGGAGACAAGUGGAAUUUGAUAGCGGGUCGCAUUCCGGGUCGUAAAGCAGAAGAGAUAGAGAGAUUCUGGAUUAUGAGACACACUCACACUUUCUCUGUUACAAAAAAUCAAAGUAAAGCCAAAGACUCUUGAUUUUUUCUUUUCUAUCUUUCUGGGCAUAAUUCUCAUAAAUAUAUAAAUUUCGGUUAAAUAUAUGUUUUACACGUCUAUAGAUUUCAGAUAAUAUUUUCUGUAUUUUUAGACUUUUAUUUAUUUUUUGUUAUCAAUAUCAGUUUCUAAGGGUUACAAUAUUUUUUGUUUAUUUUUUUUAUCUCUUUCAAGGACUGAUAUUGAUGAUGAAAAACCUAAUAAAAGACUAAAAAUAUAAUCAAAGUCCAAGGACUAUCAAAUAAAAUAAAAAUCUGAAGUUUGAUAAGAUCUUAAAAAUAUAUUUAACCGAAUAAAUUUUGUUCUGAAAUUUUUGUGUCGCCCAUUGUAUUCCUUCUGCUUGAAUCGUAAACUUCCGUCAGUGUCAUAGAAGCUACGAAAAAGUUUGCAUUUUAGUUUGUAUAAAAAAAAGGUGUGUAUUAGACUACUUUAAUUUAAUUUAAGUGAUUUAUAAUUUCAA